UUGGAGCCGCACGCAAGUGUGAGUAACGAUCCAAGAGCGAGUCUUAUCCGACAUUAUUCCGAUGAUAUCCCGGACGUCAGUCUGAGCGAGAUUAGAAUGGCUCUCCAGCACCUUAAAAACGGCAAGGCCCCAGGCGAGGAUGGAAUUACAGCGGAGCUUCUGAAAGCGGGUGGAAAACCGGUACUUGAAGUCCUUCAGAAGCUCUUUAAUUCCGUCCUUCAUGGUGGCAUUACACCGGAGGCCGAAAAACCUAACGACACGUUUUUUAAUAAAAGAAUAUUUUACAAUUACUUGAAUGUUGUAUGUUUAUAG